UUCUUUUACAACUGCCAAGCGUUGUGAUAGGUGGUUCUCUGACAAACAAAAUGUCGUCUAAAGUGUCUCGUGACACGCUCUACGAGUGCGUGAAUGCCGUUCUUCAAUCCUCUAAGGACAAGAAACGUAACUUUUUGGAGACUGUAGAGCUUCAAAUUGGUCUGAAGAACUAUGACCCACAGAAGGACAAGCGUUUCUCCGGCACUGUAAAGCUAAAAUACAUACCGCGGCCGAAAAUGCAAGUUUGCGUUCUUGGAGACCAGCAACAUUGUGACGAGGCUAAAACCUUGAAUGUGCCAUGUAUGGAUGCUGAGGCUUUGAAAAAAUUGAAUAAGAACAAAAAGCUUGUCAAGAAACUGGCCAAAAAAUUUGAUGCUUUCCUGGCAUCAGAGUCACUGAUCAAGCAGAUUCCCCGUUUGUUGGGUCCCGGUUUGAACAAAGCUGGUAAAUUCCCUGGUCUUCUCUCCCACCAGGAGUCCAUGACGCAGAAGAUUGAUGAAGUCAAGGGAACCAUUAAGUUCCAAAUGAAGAAGGUGCUGUGUCUUUCUGUAGCAGUUGGCCAUGUGGACAUGACUCCUGAUGAGCUUGCUCAGAAUGUGCAUCUUUCCAUCAACUUCCUUGUGUCACUGCUCAAGAAACACUGGCAGAAUGUCCGAUCAUUGCAUAUGAAAUCAACGAUGGGACCACCCCAGAGAUUGUACUAAUUUAACACAAUAAAUUUUAUGACCAA